CUUCCCUCACUAUAGCAUAGACGAUCUAAUCGUUCUAAAUUAUUUACUAGACUAAUUCAGUCUUUGUAGAAUAGAUCUACUGAGGCUAAUUUAGUAAUUAUUAAAAAAAAUAUCUAUAUUAAGAUGAUAUGAUAUUCAGUAGUAGGACUAGUUGAAAGAUGUAAAAGUAUUUUGAAUCUCAGCACAUUGAAUGGAGUGAAGUCUUCAUAACGGACAUUAUUUACUCAGGAAAAGCUGUGGAAAUGUUGGUUUGAAAUGUAGGCCACCUUGACUUGAUAUCUUUUGAAGAGAGUAUCAUAUGAAAUAAAUUUUGACAGUUAUACUGAAUGUCGGAACAUUUACAGUGACAUUAAAUCAAAACUCAUUUAAAAUGAGUUCUUAUAAAAGAGAUGUCCGGAUCCUGCUUGUUGGAGAUGAAAAAGUUGGCAAGACAUCUUUAAUUCUUUCUUUAGUUAGUGAAGAGUUUGCUGAAGAGGUCCCAGCAAGGGCUGAAGAAAUUACUAUCCCAGCUGAUGUUACACCUGAACAUGUCCCCACAUGUAUAGUAGACUAUUCAGCCCAAGAUCAAGAGGAGAUAGUUCUUCAAGAAGAACUGCGUAAGGCCAGUGUGAUCUGUAUAGUUUAUUCUGUUGUGGAUGAAGAUUCUAUUCAAAGGUUGACUAGCUACUGGCUGCCUUACUUAAGAUAUACUUUAGGAGAUGAUCACAGAACUCCAGUGAUUUUAGUAGGAAACAAAGUUGAUCUAACAGAUAUACAGACACUAGAGAGUAUUCUUCCAAUAAUGAACGACUUUGGAGAAGUUGAAACUUGUGUGGAGUGCUCUGCUAGGACUCUUAAAAAUAUUAGUGAAGUUUUCUACUACGCUCAGAAAGCUGUUCUUCAUCCAACGGCUCCAGUUUACAACCCAGAUGAAAAAGAGCUAACACCACAAGCAAAGAAAGCUUUGACAAGAAUAUUUAGAAUCUGUGACCUUGACAAUGAUAACGUAUUGAGUGAUGAGGAGAUUAAUUUAUUCCAAAUGAAAUGUUUUAAUUCUCCCUUACAUCCGCAAGCUUUGGAAGAUGUUAAGUCAAUUGUCAGAAAAAAUGUUACUGAUGGUGUCAAUGAUGGGAUUACUUUGAAAGGAUUUCUCUUUCUUCACACACUGUUCAUUCAAAAAGGUCGUCAUGAAACCACUUGGUCAGUACUUCGAAAAUUUGGUUAUGAUGAUAACUUACAGCUAACUACUGAAUAUUUAUCUCCUAAAUUGUUUGUAGGACUUGGCAGCACCACAGAACUGACAGCUGAAGGAUAUCAAUUUCUAGUUCGACUCUUUGACAAGUAUGAUGAGGAUCGAGAUGGUUUCUUGUCACCAACAGAAUUACAAAAUUUGUUUAGUACAUGUCCCAUCAUGCCUUGGGGGCCUGAUGUCAACAAUACAGUCUGUACUAAUGCUGAUGGCUGGAUUUCACUUAAUGGCUAUCUGGCUCAAUGGACACUGACAACUUUAUUGGAUAUGAACAGAGCCAUAGAGUAUUUAGCUUACUUGGGUUUUAAUUAUCAACAAGAGAGUCAACUAACAGCCAUACAUGUGACAAGAGAUAAGAAAAUUGACUUAGAAAAACGACAGACUGGUCGUAAUGUAUUUAGAUGUCAUGUUAUGGGGGCCAAGUCUGUUGGAAAGACUGCUUUUCUCCAAGGAUUACUGCAAAGAAAUUUGCGCUACGUGGCUACAUUGAACAGACAGAAUUUAUCCAAUUUUACUAUCAACACUGUUCAAGUUUAUGGCCAAGAUAAAUAUCUGAUGCUCCAUGAAGUAGACUUGGUCAUGUGUGAGAUGCUUACUCCCACUGAACUAGACUGUGAUGUGGCUUGUCUAGUCUAUGAUGUUACCAACCCACAGAGUUUUGAGUUCUGUGCCAGAAUGUAUUUGAAACAUUUUAUCGACUGUAAAAUACCAACACUUAUCGUCGCAUCAAAAGCCGAGUACCCAGAAGUUCGACAAGACUAUGAAUUGACCCCUGCCCAGUUUUGUAGCAGGUUUAAACUUCCUCCACCCCAAAGAUUUACAUGCAUUGAUAAAGUGAAUCAUGAUGUUUACAUCAAGUUGGCAACAAUGGCUGCAUACCCUAACCUGAAGCGCCUGGUCCAUAUGCUGCUGGUUCACCAACGCCCUCUGUGGUUGGAAGAAAGACUAAGACACAUCAAAGGACUCUUUCAAUCAAGUCCCAAUACAUAUCUUCAAGUUGGCAUUGGGUUAGCUGUCGCAGCUGCAUUGGGCUUUGCUAUUUAUAAAUUUGUACACACAUCGUCAACGCCACGUAGAUGAGCCAAAUUCAGUCGGUGAUGUUGUUAGCCUGGAGACUUCCUGUCUUCCUUAUUAGCAUUGGACAAAGAAUAUAGUACUCAAUUAUCUCAUAAGACAUAAGGUGGCACUUUGAGUCCCAUUACAGUAGGUUGAUUAGUUCAACUUUUUAUAUCUGGACCUGUUCAAUUUUAUCACAAUUAUUUCAAGUAGAAUACUCUAUAAAUGCACUAGUUUUCACAUACCACUCCCAACUUCAUUUUAUUUAUUGAAUGUGGUACUGUCCACUAUCUACUUGAA